CCGGGGUGACUCAUACCUGGAUAAUUUCUCUUCCCUUCGGACAGGAAACACAACUCACAGAAUGGCUCAAAAAACUGUCUUGAUUACUGGCUGUUCCUCAGGAAUUGGCUUGGCCAUAGCCUCUAAACUGGCCAACGAUGAUAAGAAAAGAUUUAUGGUCUAUGCCACGAUGAGGAAUCUGGGUAAGAGACAAGAUCUUGUGGAUACUGCCGGAAGUUCACUGGGCAAAACACUGGAGAUUAAACAAUUAGAUGUUUGUUGCGAAAAGUCAAUCCGUGACUGUAUUAGCAGUAUUCCCAACAGGAAAGUCGAUAUACUUGUUAGCAAUGCUGGAAUGGGGAUGAUUGGACCGAUUGAGUGCCAGAGCUUGGAGGAGAUGAAGAAUGUUAUGGACACCAACUUCUUUGGACUUGUUCGACUCCUUAAAGAAAUCUUACCAGAUAUGAAGAAGAGGAAAAAGGGUCACAUCGUGGUGAUUAGUAGUGUGAUGGGAAUUCAGGGAAUUUUGUUCAACGAUAUCUAUGCUGCCUCAAAAUUUGCAGUCGAAGGAUUUUGUGAAAGUUUAGCAAUUCAGGCAAUAAAAUUCAAAUUGAACAUCACUCUGAUUGAACCUGGCCCUGUGAUCACUGAAUUUGAAAAAAAGGUUUAUGAAGAGGGAUUGAAAGUGGAUCUGUCUGCAGCAGACCAGGAAACGAGAGAUAUGUUUACAAAUAUUUACCUACGCAACUACAAGGACAUAUUUGUAAGCCUGGGACAAAGUGCUGAUGAUGUGGCUGAGCACACCAAGAAGAUCAUUACCUCAGACAAUCCACCAUUCCGUCAUCAGACAAACACGCUUUACACUCCCAUGACAACUCUGAAGUAUGCUGAUCCAAAUGGAGAUCUCCCCAUUGACACCUUCUACAAAAUGGUUUUCCAUCAUGAUAAAGUUUUCCAUGCAAGUCUCAAUUUUAUUAAAUUGUUGAGAUGGAGAAGCAAAAAAAGUUUUAAUUUAGGAAAAACAAAUAGUAAAGAAUAGUCUUUAUCUACCCUUCAAUUUUAACAAAUUAGAAAUCACUUGUGAAAAAUGAAAGCAGUUACUUCUAUUCCUCAGCUGAGCUUCAUGUUAUAAUUCAUCAUUUUCUCACGUAUCUGUUAUAUCUGAUCAACAGCAGGUUGGGGAAACUGGGGUUGUACUCAUUUAGAGAAAAGUAACUUGAUAUAUCUACACAAUACUGUGACAGGUUUAGAUAAUGCUAAGGAAGGUAAGCUGUUCCCAUUAGCUGACCCCUGCCUUGUGGCAGCAUAGUGGAGGUACAAUUAACUUUAGUGACAGAAACUAAUACUGCAGAGAAUAUUUGUCAGUUGUGGCCAUCUUCUGUCAAUGCUAGUAAUAAACCAAUCAUACAGAUGGAGGCUAUAAAGAGAUUUUGAGACAAAAACAGAAAUUGCUGGAGAAACUCAGAAGGUGUGGCAGUAUCUGUGGCAAGAAACAGAGUUAAUAUUUUGAGCCUUGUGACCCUCCUUCAGAUUUGUCUUGGUUUGACUUAUUAAUGUCACGUACCAAGAUACAGUGAAAAAUAUUGUUUGCACGCUAUCCAGGCGAAUUAUACCUUACGUAAGUACAUCAGGAUAAUAGAACAGAAAGCAGAAUGUACUGAUACAGCAACAGAGAAUUAGAAAUCUAUUGUGUGGAAAUAGGCCCUUUAUGAAUAGGUAGGGUUUGGAGGGAUAUGGGCUGGGUACUGGCAGGUGGGACUAG